ACGUUAUUUCACUGAACCAAGUGAACCAUUGUUGCUACACACUGGGACUAACGGGACCAAUUUACAUCUAGGGGCAGUAUUAUACGAAAAAACUUAUCGACACCGUACUAGAUAAGCUUUCUUAGACGUUCUUUCAACUAUCUUAACAGCACUCGACAAUAUAUGUUCCAUAAUUAUAGUUAACUUAAUGCAAUGUACGUCGAGUCCAGGACUUAUUUCUGAACACAUAGGAGUUGGAUGAUAUAAAGCGCUCCCGUUGAAGGAAAAGGAAAGGAUUACUCAGGGGGAAAUUUACUAAAACAUCCAUUCUGUGAGCAGAUAAAUCGAGUACCGACAAUGGGAUUAUAUCUGAUGUUAGUUUUACUGAUUUGUCUUAUCAAUGGACUUUACACGGCUUCGCUCCAAGUGGUGGAUGUUAGUUUACAGACUGAGCACACCAAUGAUAGACAUCAACACCAUCAUAAAAUAACUUUAAAACACUUCUCCGAGCACACUUUAUGCAAAAAUAUUCGGGGGAAAAUAAAGUUUCUAACAGCCCUUGACGAUUACUUCCAAAAUAUAUCAGACAAUAUGCGUAUAAAUUUUGUCAUUGAUCUGUGCUCGAGACGGGAUGAUAUGCUGAUUGACUGGGUGAAGGAAAUAUUCGACAAAGACGGUGACGGUUACAUAUCUCAUUUCGAACGAAUAUACUACGACAGCAGGAGGUGAAAUGGAGAGGGUACAUAAGGUGAUCACCAAUCGACCUAUAUUUUUAAACACAACGAGACGAUUGAGGAACAUUCUGUAUCAACAUAAUCUUCGUCGACGAAAAUACGUUUUGCCGAUGUUAAACAUGUAUUACUUUUGUAAUUGCAACCACUUUUCCGUUGUUAAGCAAUAACUCAGUUUAGUAAUGGUAGGUUGAUGUAUUAAUAAUUGAUUAUAGUGCAUUUUGAAAUGUUAAUACUCAUAAGCCUCAACAUUUAAAGAAUCGCAAUAAUUGCAUAGUGGACUAGAAGUGUUAUAUAGCAUGCAUAUUACCGACCUGAAUUGUUGCAUGGCAGCCACCUGGCAUGGGUUCCAUAAUAUUUUGACCUGGCAUGAUCAUGACUGACAUGGAUUCCACAAUUGUAUGGCAUGUUAUUAUCAUAACUGAAAUCCACUAUAAUAUAGUAUGACAUGUUUACAUCUAUCCUGUUUUCCUCAAAAAUAACACAUGGAGGGUUGAGUAUACGUUUUCUGAACAUAGUUGACUAUGCUGGCAUGACAAAAUAUCUCUUAACAUUAGGUGGGUUUGACAAAUAACUGCAUCUCCCAUGAACAUAGGUUUCCAUUAUAUCGCUGUUUCAUUUUUCUAUUCGACAGUAAUAAGCAGAAAGUCCAUCUUUAAGUAGCCUUUUGUGAUAAGGUGUUGAUAACUUGAUAGUGUUGAAGUUUGCCAUGGCUGUUUGUCGUAGGCAUCAAUGAAAAAUGCAUUUUGAGAAAAAGAGAGAAAAAAAAAUCGAAAAACUUAAACAAAAAAAAAUCGAAAAAUGAAAAAUAAGCACACUAAAAUAGGUUUUCGUACAAACAGUUUUCGUUGAACAUAAUGUAGCCCUAAAAAUGAGAUUUUCGAAUAUAUUGUUAAUUUCCAUGACCGUUAUGUGUUGAAAUAAACAUUAUAAAAAUAUAAAUCAAA